CUAGUAGACCUCUAAAAUGACUACUGCAAAACGAUAUAUCAUUGGUGUUUUGAUAAUAUUGGUUAAGCUUACAGCAAUAGACGCUGAGGUGGAUUGUAGUCAGGAUCCACCUCCUAUGAAUUUCAAUUAUUGCUGUGAAUUAUCAAAUGUUUUAUCGCAUGAACUCAAAAAUAAAUGUAUUGAAUUAGAAUAUGGAGAUAACAAUAAUCCUUCACAUAAAUCUUGUUUCCUCUCGUGCGUUAUUAACCAGACUGGCAUUUUAGUUAAUGAUGAGUUACAGCUGGACAAUUUGGAUACCUAUUUAUAUGAAGCUUUUGUUGAUUCCGAAAAGGUGGGGUUCUUAAGAAACAAAUUUAUACAAUGCCACGAACAACUUAGUGUAUUGUUAUUAAAUAUAUCCGAUGCUAGUGAUGAUUCGAACGAUUGUGAACCCAAACACUUUGCCUUAUUGUUGGGAUGUGUUAAUGUACAAGCCUUCAUAGACUGUCCGGAUUCAUCUUGGUUAAAUAUCGAUAAUUGCAAUGUUUCACGUGAUUAUGUUAAACAAUGUCAGACAUAAGAAAAUUUUGAGAAUUUGUUAUGAAUGUAAUUGAAAAGAAUUAAAUGAAAAAAAAAACUAUUUUAAAAAAUAAAUU